CCGCUGAUUCCUGGACUACGUUCAAAAAGACAAGACAGCAUGUUCUGUUGGGCAUUGGAAAUCUUAACUGCUUUGCUGACUUCGUAUACUUAGCUUGUGCCGAGACUACAUGCAUACAAUUUAGUCCAGGUUGAACGUGGUUGGAGUAAUAUGCGUGAAAAUUAGCCUACCCACCAAGGUUGUUUAUCUCUGGACACGACAGCCUGUGCGUGAAACAUUCGGAAUCCGACCUUCAAAAGAUGACAACACCGCCCUGUUCAGAGGAAGCGAGCAGUUGGUCUGAGAUUUUAUAAAGGCCACUAGGUUUUCUGGGUACUUGGAUGAAGUGUGAGAAGUUACUUCCUGGAUGAUUUCCUCGUGCCUCGGAGACGUAUAAGCGGUAAUAUUUACCAGUUAGAUUACUUUCUCUUCGACAAAGUGGAUAACCCGGACUUCAGUUACCAUGGAGACGGAAGUGAUUCAUAUAAUAGCGGUCGUUACAAUGGUGGUUACGUCUCAAAUUGACAGUGUGGUUGGGCUGAGGUGCUGGCAGUGUAUAGCCGACAACUGUCACCUGAACCCCUCAGAGAACUACAAAGCCACUCAGAAAGAAUGUUUACCUGGAGGGUACUGUCAGAUUUGUAACCCACGCCAGUUUCAAGGUCACUGGUCUAUGUCGGCAGUGGAUGAAAUAAAUAUGGAAGCUUCGUUUACAUUGCUUCAAUGUGCUGUCAAUUUAUUUCUGGCAUUGGCGCACAUUAUUCGCUAGAACACAGCACCAUUAGACCCAAAAUCAUCACCCUAAAUGCACAAAAGAGGAUAUGUGGACAUGACGACAGUUAAAAGUAAGUGUGGAUUACAUAGUGCAAUCGACCGGCCCGGAUAGCAGUUGGUAGAGCGUCUGCUUCGGGACCGGUAGAUCCAGGAUCUAUCCUUGAUCGAGUCACACCUAAGACUUUAAAAGAGGAAGUUGUAACUCGCUUGGCGUUCAGCAUGAAGGGGAUAGUGCAACGACUGGUUGACCCGUAUCAGUAUAAUGGCUCGGGUGGGGCGGCUUACUUGCCUUCGGUAAGUCGUCUCAGUGAAGCAGCACUAAAUAAAAGAGCUGUGGAAAUCCGUCCUGCAACAAGGAGGCACAUUACACGUGCAUGCACCCUAAGGAUUCCUUCGUCGUCAUAUGACUGAAAAAUUGUUGAGUACGACGUUAAACCCCAAGCACUCACUCACUCAUACAGUGCAAUCGCCUUUCUGCUAAAAGCCAGCAAAAUGGUCGGGUCGUGGGUUUCCGUUAGGGAACAUCUGCUGUCGUUUUGGUAUAGUGUCGGGUAAGCAUCCAAAUCAUCUUGGUAUAAUAAUCCUAUUCAUGCACAAAUCAAAUGAUGUUAAAAUAAAAUUCAAAUGACCUAGCUGAGGUAAAUUUGCAAGGGGUCAGACUUUGACCGCAUGCGUAUGUCCAUUUGCCAAUCAUCACACUGUAGCCACUGCUCUGAAUGCUUUAGUAUUAAGUAUUAAAGAGUAAAAUCAAUGAUCUAUUAUUCCAUCGACCUUGGACUCUGACACGUUACUUAGAUUUUUAUACCACUUCUUAUGUU